AUGUUAGAGGAUGCCAACUGUUUUGCAGCCUUCAACUUGGAGCAAGACAUCCACUUGCAGGACCGGAAGAAGUUCCUGGCGGCCUUGUGCAGCCGCUUUAAUCUGGAUCCUCAAAAGGCGUGGCGAAGUUUUGUGGGAGGAUUCUUCGAGAAAGCCAAGUGGCAUGUAUCUCCUCCUGGCAUUGCUGCUUCAUCAGCUCGGCGGCCAGAGGACCCUCACAAGAAGAUUGUUGUUCACCUGCCAGAUACAGCCAGCCAGCGAGGUUGGCUGUCCGCUUGGCAGGAGAUCAGGCAGAAAUCUGGUGCAGAUCAUCAGGAACUUUGCAAGCUUGUCGAGGUGUACUUGAGCAAUAUGUCUAACUCUGGAACAGUAGAUCGUUACUUGGGACAGGUCAAGCUGCAGUCGCUCAGACGGGGUCACAUUGCUCGUGGUGGGUUAGAGUGCGCCCUGCGCGUGACCGUGCAAGACUUGGGCGGACGUGCAAGGAAGAAACUUGAUGCAACCGAGCUUCUGGUGGAAAAGGUUCCCAAGACGACGGCUGGCGGCGCAUGCGUCGCCCAGCCGGCAACCCAUUACGCAUUGCAUUGUCAAAAGCUGUACUCUUUGUGGUUUGGAGACAGAUGCCUCCCAGGGAGACGAAUGGAGCCCGACAGCAUGCAACCGGAGAAAGUGGCGAAGUCGCGUGCGCAAGCCAGCAAACCUCGUCUGGCGCCGCUGCGGGACAAAAGCCAGUACUCUGAGGCUGCCGCUUUGCAGAAACACAGGGAUGCGGUGUCCAAGGCCGUCAAUAAAAUCGAGCAAGGUGGCGGCGGCGAAGCUCACGGCCCAUUAGGCCCCGUGUCAUUACCUGCCGAAAAGACACGAGGUGCCAAGAGAAUCGUCUCCCAGCAGGCCUCUGCUUGUGUGGACGUGGCCAAAAGACGGCGGAUGCUGCCUGAUGCUGCAGGCGCUUCGGGGUCAUCUGCUUCGGCUUCUUCCAGUUCGGCUGUGCCAGCGAGACCAGCGGCAGAGGAAGCCGCUGCUGCCGCUGCUGCCAAGUCCACCGACCCCGUGCACAAGAAGCAGGCCUAUGUCUUGGAGAUGAAGCGGCAGAUGGCGCAACAAACUGUGCCAUGCAUGCCCACUCCUUACGUGGAUGCCAACGGUGGCGUAAUGCGGGCGGACAAGGGCCCUGUUGCAAAGUCAUUGGUUGCACCUCCUUUACCUUUGGCUCCUCGGCUGCAUCGUUGCCCUACCAUGGCCACGAUUAAAGCCCCAUCCCACUUUAUCAGAACCCCAGACUUUCAACUGCCCGAUGUAGUGCUGGUGCGGGAUCUCGUGGCAGCGUGGGAAAGUUCCCACGCCCUGCUGGCACGUCUGGUUGGUGCUCGUUUGGUGAAUCAGGCUUGGCUGCAGUCCCAGGGCUCUGCUGGCCAGUCCGACGAAGGGGCCCAAGUCCAUUCAUUCAAGUCGGUGAUGAGGUCUAUGCACUUCGACCUGUAUCUCAGCCCAGGGUUCUUCAUUGCACACCCGGAGCAUGCCUCAGUGUUCAGGGAGUGGGCCAAGCUGAGCCCAACCAUGAAGAGCAGAGGCCUUGAGGUGAAACGGCUCACGGUUCAAGAUCUGCGUGUCGACAAGUUUCCCGAUCAGCCGUUUCCUGGUGUCACAUACAUAGUCAAGGCGGUCGGAGAAGAUGUAAAUAUCAAAAACCAACAAGGCCUGACUCUGUCAGAGAUACUGUUGAAAAUGACAGUAUUGCAGGGGGAACACGAGAAAUCGUGUUCACGGUGA